GAGACGGCCUUUUGCUCAGCCAUGACCGAACGUCCGUGCCUUCGACCCCACCUCGGGCAGCUGCGGCGGUGACCACGGCCAACGUGGAUUUGGGGGAGCAGCCACCCGGAGGCUUCAUGGCUGGCAUGUCGGGGCGACCGCCCAGCAUGUACUGGUGUGUGGGGCCAGAGGGGUCAGCCGUGAGUCCAGAACACGCCAUGGACACGCACAAUGGUGCCGGGGACAUGGGCAGCAAACUGGCCACACCGGACGGUGACCCCGCCGGGCGGCGUCCUGGGACGGAAGACAUUCACGCCGCGUACAAGCGGGGAGACCUCAGCAGAGCCCGCCAGCUGCUCCGGGAAGCCUGUGAGGAGUGCGCCUCCCAGAGGGAAAAGGGCCAGCUCCUGAGCAUCGCAGCGGCCUACGGGGACCUGGAGACCGUCCGCUAUCUGCUCACCGAGAGGCAGGUGGAGCUGCCGACCGAGCCCACGGACGACAACCCCGCGGUGGUGGCGGCGCACUUCGGGCACACGGAGGUCGUGCAGGAAUUGCUCGAGUCUUUCCGAGGUCCCUGCAGCCUCCAGCGGCUGCUGAACUGGAUGCUGGCCCUGGCUUGUCAACGAGGCCACCUGGGGCUGGUGAAACUCCUGGUCCUGACGUACGGGGCCGACCCCGAGAGCUACGCGGUCAGGAAGAACGAGUUCCCUGUCAUCGUGCGCUUACCCCUGUACGCGGCCAUCAAGGCAGGGAAUGAAGACAUCGCCAUCUUCCUGCUUCGCCAUGGCGCUUUCUUCUGCUCCUACAUCUUGCUGGACAGUCCCGAGCCCAGCAAACACCUGCUCCGGAGCUACUUCAUCGAGGCCAGUGCCCUGCCCAGCAGCUGUUCAGGGAAAGUGCCUCUCCGUGUGAAGUGGGCCCACCUCAGGCUGCCCUGGGUGGACAUCGACUGGCUCAUCGACAUCUCCUGCCAGAUCACGGAGCUGGACCUGUCGGCCAACUGCCUGGCCUCCCUCCCGUCCGUCGUGCCCUGGGGGCUCAUCAACCUGCGGAAGCUGAACCUCUCGGACAACCACCUGGGCGAGCUGCCGGGCGUGCAGUCCUCCGACGAAAUCAUCUGCUCCAGGCUCCUGGAAGUCGACGUUUCCAGCAACAAGCUGGCCCACCUCCCGCCGGGGUUCCUGCACCUCUCGAAGCUGCAGAAGCUGACGGCUUCGAAAAACUACUUAGAGAAAUUGUUUGAGGAAGAGAGUGCCACCAACUGGAUUGGUUUGCGGAAGCUGCAGGAGCUGGAUGUCUCUGAUAAUAAACUGACCGAGCUCCCGGCGACGUUUCUUCAUUCUUUCAAGUCACUGCACUGCCUGAAUGUCUCCAGAAAUAAGCUGAAGGUGUUCCCAGAUGCCUGGGCCUGCCCGUUGCUGCCCCAGGCCCUGGUGUACCUGAAGUUGCAGGGCAACCAGCUGGUGGCUGUGCCCCCUCCGGAGAAGUGGACCUGCACGCAGCUGAAGACCCUGGAUCUCUCCAGAAACCAGUUUGGCAAAAAUGAAGAUGGCCUGAAAACAAAGCGCAUUUCCUUCUUCACCACCAGGGGGCGCCAGCGGUCAGGGACUGAGACAGCGUGCCCGCUGGACUUCCCGGCCUUCCUCAGCGAGUCCCUGGAGGUCCUCUGCCUGAACGACAACCACCUGGACGCCGUGCCCCCCUCGGUGUGCCUGCUGAAGAGCCUGUCGGAACUCUACCUGGGAAAUAAUCCAGGCCUGAGAGAGCUCCCUCCCGAGCUGGGGCAGCUGGGCAACCUCUGGCAGUUGGACAUCGAAGACCUGAACAUCAGCAACGUGCCCGCGGAGAUCAGGAAAGAAGGGCCGCAGGGCAUUCACCAGAAGCAGCGUCAAGCAGGCGCUCAGGGCCACAGGCGGCCGCACCUGCGCACCUGGCAGGGGGCUCCCCUCCCCGGUGCAGGCGACUGGGCCGGUGCUCAGCCCAGCCCGGGGCCGGGGGGUCCUCUGUCGCAGGCCAAGGCCCCGAACGCCGUGGUGCUGGUGGUGGGAACCCACCUGGACUUGAUCGAAAGCAAGUUCCGCGUGGAGAGGAUUGCGACUUUGCGGGCCUACGUGCUGGCGCUCUGCCGCUCCCCCUCGGGGUCCCGGGCCACGGGCUUCCCAGACAUCUCCUUCAAGCACUUACACGAGAUUUCCUGCAAGACCCUGGAGGGCCUGGAGGGGCUGCGGCAGCUGAUUUUCCACGUCACGUGCAACAUGAAGGACGUGGGCAGCACCAUCGGCUGCCAGCGGCUGGUGGGGAGGCUGGUCCCCAGGAGCUACCUGAGCCUCCAGGAGGCCGUGCUGGCGGAGCAUCAGCGCCGCAGCCUGAGUGACGACGUGCAGUACCUGACGGACAGGCAGCUGGAGCAGCUGGUGGAGCAGACGCCCGGCAAUGACAUCAGCGACUACGAGGACCUGCAGUCCGCCAUCAGCUUCCUCAUCGAAACGGGCGCGCUGCUGCACUUCCCGGACACCAGCCACGGCCUGCGGAACCUCUACUUCCUGGACCCCAUCUGGCUGUCCGAGUGCCUGCAGCGCAUCUUCAGCAUCAAAGGCUCCCGCUCCGUGGCCAAGAACGGGGUGAUCCGGGCGGAGGACCUGCGCCUGCUGCUGGUGGGGACCGGCUUCACGCAGCAGACGGAGGAGCAGUACUUCCAGUUCCUGGCCAAGUUCGAGAUCGCCCUGCCCGUAGCCAACGACAGCUGCGGAGCUCCGCCCGGGGCCGGCGAGGGGCUCGGGGGCCUGACGCAGGACCUGCCUCUGUCCCGGCAGCUGUUCGAGACGAAGAAGAACAGCAAGAGCCGCCACCGGAAGGUCACCAUCUACAGCUUUGCCGGGACCCAGAGGAAUCGCUGCAGCACCUUCCGGGUGAAGAGGAACCAGACCAUCUACUGGCAGGAAGGCCUCCUGGUCACGUUCGAUGGGGGUUACCUCAGCGUGGAGUCCUCGGACGUGAACUGGAAAAAGAAGAAGAGCGGAGGGAUAAAGAUCAUCUGCCAGUCGGAAGUGAGGGACUUCUCCGCCAUGGCCUUCAUCACCGACCACGUCAACUCCUUGAUCGAUCAGUGGUUUCCCGCCCUGACGGCCACGGAGAGCGACGGGACACCCCUCAUGGAGCAGUACGUGCCCUGCCCGGUCUGCGAGACCUCCUGGGCCCGGCACACCGACCCCAGCGAGAAGGCGGAGGGCGUGCAGUACUUCGACAUGGAGGACUGCGUGCUGACGGCCAUCGAGCGGGACUUCAUCGCCUGCCCCAGGCACCCCGACCUCCCCGUGCCCCUCCAGGAGCUGGUGCCCGAGCUGUUCAUGACCGACUUCCCGGCCAGGCUCUUCCUGGAGAACAGCGGGCUGGAGCACAGCGAGGACGAGAGCAGCGUCCUGGGCCAGGGCGGCAGCGGCACCAUCAUCUACCGCGCCCGCUACCAAGGCCGGCCGGUGGCGGUGAAGCGCUUCCAGAUCAAGAAGUUCAAGAACUUCGCUAACGUCCCAGCCGACACCAUGCUGAGGCACCUGCGGGCCACGGACGCCAUGAAGAACUUCUCGGAGUUCCGGCAGGAGGCCAGCAUGCUGCACGCCCUGCAGCACCCCUGCAUCGUGUCCCUCAUUGGCAUCAGCAUCCACCCGCUCUGCUUCGCCCUGGAGCUCGCCCCGCUGGGCAGCCUCAACACCGUGCUGUCCGAGAACGCCAAAGAUUCUUCGUUCAUGCCCCUGGGCCACAUGCUCACCCAGAAGACGGCCUACCAGAUCGCCGCGGGCCUGGCCUACCUGCACAAGAAGAACAUCAUCUUCUGUGACCUGAAGUCGGACAACAUCCUGGUCUGGUCCCUGGACGUCAAGGAGCACGUGAACAUCAAGCUGUCGGACUACGGCAUCUCCAGGCAGUCCUUCCACGAGGGCGCCCUGGGCGUGGAGGGCACGCCCGGCUACCAGGCCCCGGAGAUCAGGCCGCGCAUCGUGUACGAUGAGAAGGUACCAGCUCAGGACCCCGGGCCUGUGUCAGUGACCCCGCCCACGGCCAUGGCGGCCUCUCUCCCUCAGCGACCGCUGGCCCUGUCCGUGGUGAGCCAGAUGAAGGACCCGACCUUCGCGACCUUCAUGUACCAGCUGCCCUGUGGGAAGCAGACCGCCUUCUUCUCGUCCCAGAGCCAGGAGUACACGGUGGUGUUCUGGGACGGCAAGGAGGAGUCCAGGAACUACACGGUGGUGAACACGGAGAAGGGCCUCCUGGAAGUGCAGAGGAUGGGCUGCCCGGGCAGGAGCCCUGAGCCCUGCCGGCGGGGCACUCCUGCCUUUUCAAGACCCUUUUUCCUGUUCUCCCGGCAGAAUUCCUUCCUGGUGCUGGCGGGCCUGGCGGACGGGCUGGUGGCAGCGUUCCCCGUGGUGCGGGGCGCCCCUGAGGACAGCUGCUCCUACCUGUGCUCGCACACGGCCAACAGGUCCAAGUUCGGCAUCCCGGACGAGGACGUGCGGCAGAACCCCUACCCCGUGGCGGCCAUGGUUUCGGCGGUCACCUCGCUCGUGUGCAGCUCGGACUGCGGGGGCGAGGAGGUGGUCUGGUGCCUGGACGACAGGGCCAACCUCUUGGUCAUGUACCACUCGGCCACCUACCAGCUGUGCGCCCGCUACUUCUGCGGGGACCCGAACCCUGGGAGGGACGUGUUUCCCGUGCGCCCCUCGGGCCUGGAGCUGCCGGGUUCCGACAGGUCCGAGCAGGAGCUGAGCCCCGUGGACGGCGAGGCGUUCAGCCAGCACCUGCAGGCCGUGAAGGUCCUGGCUGUGAAGGACGUCAUCUGGGUGCCCAGGCGCGGCGGAGAUGUUAUCGUCAUCGGCCUGGAGCGGGACGCGGGCGCCCAGCGGGGCCGGGUCAUCGCCGUCUUGAAAGCCCGAGAGCUGACGUCAAGGGGGGCUCUGGUGGAUGCGGCCGUGGUGGCCAAGGACACCGUCGUGUGUGGCUUCGAGGACGAAAGCAGCGAGUGGUGCCUGGCCGUGUGGCGGGGCUGGGGCACCCGGGAGUUUGACGUCUUCUUCCAGGCCUACGAGGAGCUGGGCCGGCUGGAGGCCUGUGGGCGCAAGAGGAGGUAGCGCCCGCCCGCAGAAGAAGGAGUGUUGCCCGGACCUGGCUGGCCCAGGCCUGCGGGCUGCCCCCUCCACCUGCCGCUACAGCCCUCCUGGGCGGACCCAGAAGAGAAACCAAGUUCUCCCACGAACGGCUUGCUGCUAAGAAGUGCUGAGACGUCCCCGCCCCAGCCCUGGCCGGUGUGGCUCAAUGGACAGAGCGUGUCGGGCCUGCAGACGGAAGGGC